UUCCUGGCUGGCUUGCUGGCCUGACAGCGGCCGUUCCCUGAGCCGUGGCACGUCCCCCGUACUUCCAAGCCGGGUUGGGGCUGGCUCGCUUGCGCGUUCUCUCGGUGCGCUCCCCCCACCCUUCUCUCUUUCCUUUUCUCUUGGCCAGUAUAUUUUUAGGUCAUUGGAGUGGAGGGGUAGGUAAUCCCCGGGCUCAGGUUCCAAAGGAGGCGGGUUCCGGCCGGAGGUGGAGUCACUUUUUCAUUUAAAUCCCCGACUAUAAAAUGGGUUUAAGGAGAAGCGGGAUCUCAUCAACUGAGCCGCCGAGAGGAGUGGUGGGAGUGAGCGGCGGCGGGGGAGGCGCGCGGGAGGCUCGGGACCACAGCGUGGGUGCCCAGCGGAGCUGCUACUCCUGCCGCUGCGAUGCUACACUCCGUGGGCGCCCAUACCUUGCAAACGCUCAGCCAGGUGGCCGCCUUCGUGCUCCUCCUGCCGCGCUUCCUCCUGACUGCUGUGAUGCUCUGGCUCCUGGAUUUUCUCUGCAUCCGGAAGAAACUCUUGCUGACCGCGGCGGCGACACCCGGUGAGGAGCAAGAGUUGGCGGCGGAGGACGGCGACUCAAGCGCGGGGAGCUGCCCGCCGGACGACCCUCCCCUGUGCGUGUCCGACUCCAACCGCAUGUUCACGUUGGAGUCCCUCAAAGCCGUGUGGCACGGGCAGAAACUGGACUUCUUCAAGGCGGCGCACGUCGGCGGGACGGCGCCCAACCCGGAGGUCAUCCAGCUGGACGGGCGCACGCGGCUGCGCAUCCUGGACUACGCCCGAGGCAAGAGGCCGCUGAUCCUCAACUUCGGCAGCUGCACCUGACCACCCUUCAUGGCGCGCCUGCGCGCCUUCGAGCGCCUGGCCGCGCAUUUCGUGGACAUCGCUGACUUCUUGCUGGUCUACAUCGAGGAGGCUCACCCUUCCGACGGUUGGGUCAGCUCGGACGCCGCUUAUGACAUCCCCAAGCACCAGUGCUUGCAGGACCGGCUGCGCGCAGCUCAGCUGAUGAAGGAAGGCGCGCCGGGCUGCCCGCUGGCCGUUGACACCAUGGACAACGCCUCGAGCGCCGCCUACGGGGCGUACUUCGAGCGCCUCUACAUUAUCCAGGAGCGGAAGGUGAUGUACCAGGGCGGCCGGGGCCCCGAGGGCUACAAGAUCUCGGAACUCCGGCGGUGGCUCGACCAGUACAAGAGCAGCCUCCGGGCAGGGCCCAGCACCGUGGUCGUCCAGGUGUAAGGAAGAACCCGCGGCGGACGGAAAGCGGGAGAGCGGACGGGAGGGAAGAGGGGAGCUCUUUUCCCGCCCCUUUCCGUAACUCCCGAGAGGCUCUGUGUGAGUUUUCAUGCAAGACGUGCCCGAGACUCUUCGUUAUUCAAAUCAUGUUGAUUUGCCAAGCAUUUGUUAUCGACAUCCAUUUCCACGUGCGGUUUUGUUUUCCUUCAUUUCCUUACUGCGUGCGUGAACGAAUAGAUCUCUCUUUUGUGUGGGGGGAAAACGCGUUUACUGUUUUUUGAGGGCCUGUUUCUGAGCGUGUGCGUGCACGUGCGGGCUACGGGUGUACGUGUGCGCGCGUGUUUCCGAUGGGAACGGUCUUCUGCCGUGCACGUGUGUCUGUCGGAGAGAAGUUUCGCGUGCCCGAGCGGUGUGUGUUCUCUCUCUCUCUCUGCUGUCCUGGCAAAAACCUUGGCUGGAGUUUCUAGCGUUUCUUUAUGAUGACCGGUUUUGAAAUGGUUUUGGAGCGCCAGGAAACCGAGUCUGAAAUUGGGAGACGCUAGAAUUGCCACUUUUGUUUUUGUGGAGAGCAAACAAAACACAGAAAACAAAAAAACACAAAGUAUUUAUGUGAUCUCUGAGCUGGUUUGUUGAGCUUCUUUUCUCUUUUUUGUAAAAUACCCGUUUUUUAUGAGCUUUUUAUAACAUUAU